UGAGCCGCGCAGCUUUGCUUGCCCCGCCGCCUUCCACCUGAGCUGCCCCAGCCAAACGCGCCCAGCCGUCUGCACUUCCCAGCUCCUACCGCAGCCCGCUGGUCAGAAAAGGAGUCUCCCGCGCUCGGAGCGCUUGGUCGGCCCCAGCAAACUCCUCCCGCCGGCACCAGGCUCGGCACUGAGCACCGGGAUAUCAUGGUCUGCAAGACUCUCCUCGCUCUGUGCAUCUUCACAGCAGGUUUGAGGGUACAGAGCCUGCCUACAUCAACCUCCUUACCUGUUUCUCUUCCGGCAAAAAUAACCCCACCGGCCUCCACCUGGACCAGCUCUGCACAGAACCCUGUGACCCUCACUGCGUCCCUAGCCAGUGGCGUUCACAAUACCUCGGUACUCCCAGUCACAGACAUAGCCCCGACAUCUGCACUGCCCAAGCAUGUGUCCAUUGAACCCACAGAAGAAGCAAUCACCAGCCCAUCCUCGAGCUGGGAAGGCACAAACCCAGGCCCCUCGCUUCCUGGGUUCUUAUCAACCAGCAGUGUGGUACACGUGACACCCACACCCGAGGAACACAACUCCAGCAGUCCUGAAGUAAGCGUGCCAGCUGAAGGGUCGCAGUCCCCUACAUCCCUCUCCCCUCAAACUCUGGCCUCUUCACCCUCCUCCUCCUCAUCCACCUUACCACCUGAGAUCCUUUCUGCCUCUGUCACCUCCAACCACAGCACCACUGUGACCAGCAUCCAGACCACAGGAGCUCCAGCUACAUCAGAGUCCCCAACAGAGGAGCACAGCUCUGGUCACACGCCUACUUCCGGGGCCACAAUGGAGCCAGUGCCCAAGGAGAAAACACAGCAGGAAACUGAGCCCAAAACAGUGAUAUGCGAGUCUGAGACUACCACCACCUUCCUGAUCAUGCAGGAGGUAGAACAUGCGUUAAGUUCAGGCAGCAUUGCCGCCAUUACAGUGACCGUCAUUGCCGUGGUGUUGUUGGUGUUUGGGGUCGCAGCGUAUCUGAAGAUCAGGCAUUCCUCCUAUGGAAGGCUUUUGGAUGACCAUGACUACGGGUCCUGGGGAAACUACAACAACCCUCUCUACGACGACUCCUAACAAAGGACUGUGACCUGGGCUGAGGACUAACUGUUCUUUAUUUAUAAGUGCUUAUCCAGUAGAAUUCAUAACAAGUACCUGAUGCACACUGAACGACAAUCUUAAGCCCUGUUUUGUUGGUAUGGUUGUUUUGUUUUUAUCCCUCUCCUCUGGCUGCUACAACUUCCCCCUUUUUUUGGUACAAAAGAACCAUGAUUUAAAGGUGAAUGGAGGCCAGUUUGCCACCAAAAAUGGGCCAGACUUGCACUGGCCAGGGUAGACCACCAUGGUGGAGGCUUCAGCACCACUGAGGACCUACUUCAAGAAGGAUGAAGGAAGAGGGAGUGAGCUGUUUUGUUGGGGUUAUGUUUAGGGGAACUUUUUGGGUUAUUUCUUUACUUUCUCUACAUUAUGUAUCAAUGUGGAAAAAAGAAAGAAGUCCUAGGAGGAUUUCACCCUAAUGUGAGGAAGCAGUGGUUUCUCAGAUUCUUUUUAAUCUCUCUUUUUUCUGGUUGUCUCUACAAGCUGGCUAGCUGAUUCUUAGCUCCAUUAAUGAACGAUGAAAAUGGGAAGUUCCCCAGAGGAGGUCAGGGGGUCUAGAGGCAAAGUAGCAGGCUGCUGUUGGAUGUCAGCAUGCCUUCUACCUGUUCUCUUCCAGGUGGCUCAAAUGCACCUGGGAUCCCAGCUCACAAGCUCUCAGACAAGAUGUGUUCCAAAAGAGAAGGCUAUGAGAUGAGCUUAGUUAAAGAAGAGAAAGGAGAGGCAUGUGCAGGUGGGGGGAGCCAGCAUCAUUGAGGACUUCCUUGGGACAAGGGGGAAUCAGGUCUCCAUAAUUGUCAAAAAUAUCCACUAAGGCUUGGAGGAACCCAUAUGGUCCUUGCCUCAUGCCCAUAAAGCAACUGGUUCACUGCCUUACUGUCUUUUACAUAAUGACUGCAAACUUUAAAAAAAAUUUUUUUUAAAGAGGCACUGUUCUCUCCACAGUUGCAUUAUGAAGCAUUACCAUAGGAAACAGACACGACAAAUUCAUUUAUUGUCCCAUUUACUUACCUUAGUUCUUCUUCUCUUUAAUAUGAACACCCGCCUAUUGAUUAUCUAGUCCUAAAAUCCUGCUCAACAUAUUUGGGGGAACUAUUGGUCAUCUUUGAAGGUACCCAUUUAUUUCAGUCAUUCUCAACCAGCAGGUGACUUUGCCUCCCCACCCUAGGGACAUUUGAAAAUGUCUGGUGACAUUUUUUAUUGCCAUGAUUUGGGAGUACCACCAGUGGGUAGAAGCCAGGGACACAGCUAAACCUCCUACCGUGCACAGGACAACCCUUUACAACAAAGAAUGAACUGACCCAAAACAUCAGUAGUGUUGUGAUUGGAAAGCCCUGAUGUAUUAAAAUCACCCCGUGGCAGAAGGAGACACUCACAGAUUAGUAAUGCUCUUUUAUUUUCAACAAAAUGAAGCAAUGUAUCAUUUUUAUCUUCAAAAUGUUGUGUCUGUUGGCUGAUAAUUUCUUGGCAUGAUGGUUACCUUUUUAUUUUUUUGUGUUUCUGGAGAGUUUUAUUUCAGGGCUCCACCUAUGUCCUCCUCUAACAUCUGAUAUUAGCAAUUGGCAUCUUCUGUCCUGAUUUCAUGUAGCAGAAAACAUACAUUUCAAAAUGUGUCAUCCCAUAACAUCAUAGAAAACUCAAAACUGCAUCGAUUCAGAUUUCUCAAUAUGGACCUUGACACCAUGGCUCUUUUUAGGAAAACCACUAUUGCUGUGCUUUUCUGACCCCCUCAGGUGUCAGAGACCAAGAGCAGUGCCACUUCCCACAACCUACUCUCUGAAAAAAAAAAAAAAAAUCUGUUCCUGAACUCUUUAGGUGCCAAAGGGGCAACCCUAAAGGUCUUCUAUGACCAGAUGAGUAUUAAGCUUCCAGGAAUUCAAGUUCUCUGAACAUGAAACAUAAAAAAACAAAAAGACAUGGACCUUCUCAGAAAAAUGGCAAAGAAUGACCAGAGCAAUAGCCUCCCCUCUGACUGUAUUUGGCCUGAAUAAUUGUCCCUCUUCCCACUUCCAAUCCCAUGACAGGGCUUUCAGUUUGGCAAAGAACAAGCCCAUAAAAAACAGAUAUUCCAUAUUAUUUUUCCCCCCUCAACCAAAAACAUUUUGACACAAUGUCCAUGAAACAACUUUGGAGAAGUAUACUUCUGGACCUUGCUUUUGUCAUAUGCACUGGGUCAGAGGCACCAGCCUCUUCCCUGGUACCCUGGCCUAUUAUAAGUCACUGAAGCAACAAGCAUUUUUCCACACUGAAAACUGCUGUCAUGCAAGAAGAGCACCUGCACAAUUAACUGAUUACUUCCAAAUGCUUCUAGCAAAGACAGGGCCUAAAGCAGAUGAAUUCAGCAAGAUGACAACUUCCCUUUUAAUCCAGAACACUCAGUGUGAAAUGCCUAAAGGUAGAAACUUAUUUUGCCAAAUGUAUACUUUCUGCUUUUGAAUUGGCCAAAAUAUUUUAGCAAGUUUAUUCUAAAAAUGUUAUUGAAAACACACACAUAACAUAUCUGAAAUAUAUGCCAAUAACUAAUGUCCUUCACCUCAGGGAGAGUCUGUUCAGGUCCACUCAAAGGAAAUGGCCCCAGUAUAUCUUAUACAACCACAUCCCAUCUGUAGGUAGGACUGGUCCUAAUGCUUUAAAGAGAAUGUCAGAGCAGGAGGGAGACAAGCAGCCUCUCUUUGAUGGAUUGCAAAUGAUCAAAGAGUGUGAUUCAACUUGGUAUUUUUUUUUCCUAUAGCCCUGAUGAAGUCUCCUGCCCUCCCUGCACGUCUGCGUCUUCGUUUCUGAAAUGGGGUUGAUGCUUUCAUAUUGACCUCACCCCAUACUACCUCACAGAUGUGUUGUGAGGAUCAAUGAAAUCAUGUCUACAGUGUUUUCAGUUUCUGGAGAAAAAAAUAUUUAUAGACAUUUUAAGUAUUACAUAGAUAUAUAAGUGAUCUCAGUUUCCUGUUUGCUGUUAUACUGAUGUGUUGUUUUACAUAUUCUGUAAAACUGCAAUUAUGUCAUAGCCACAUCAGACAGUGAUUAUAGCUCUGCUGCCCCAGUGCAGCUGAAAGUCAGCAGGGUUAACUGUGCCUGGGAUCAAAAAUGAUGGUUUCCAUCUCUAAAAGAAGGGACAACCCAGGACAUAGGUCUCACAGAUUCUUGAGUCAGGAUCCAUGAGGUUAGGGUAACACAGAAUGUAUACCUGAGCUCUAGCAGCAGUAGACCUCUGUCCUUCACUAUCCCAAGGUCUUCUGGAUUCUUUAUGGGGGUCAAUUGUGGUUUGAUAUAAUCUGUUUGCUAUUCAUCUUGCUUGCAAAGGUGCAUGGUUCAAUCCCUCGCAUCUGGGAAAUGAAUUUUGCAACUGGGCCAGAUGCUAAUUUGCACGUUGAUUCACCUUCUUUGCCUUUGCCCUUUUAUUUUUUCCCUUGGAGGGGAGGGAAAAUGAAUGUACCAUUUCAACUUUGAUCUUGAAAGUGCUAGUUGGUAUGGGUAUUAGUGCUAACCAAGAGUACAUUGCCAGAUUUCUUUCUUGGGGUAAGUUAACCCACAUAAUUGAAAGAUGGAAAGAUGUGCAACUUCUUUGAUAUUUGAUGUCAUUGUAUCUACAUUUGUUGUAAGACAUAUUGCAUACCAAUUAUAUCAAUUAAAGUUGUUAAAAGCUUG